AUGAAUAGUGCCUGCUUUACCCCAGCCAUAUUUUUUACCAGCCCAUUGACUUGCCCGGGGCCUUUAUCAGCCACCCGUCCCAAAACCCGAAAAGGACCAAAGGGUAGCAAGGCCCCCGCAAGCAGUGCUGUCCAGAUCGGCCCCCAAAACCCGGCAAAACCGCUGCAAAUGUCUGCCCACGCCCAAAACGGCCCCCCACUGGCCCCUUGGGCUGCACCCCAAUGCCCCGUGACACCAAAAACAGUCUCUUGGUGCAUAGGUCCCCCCAAAAAUUUUCAAGCCGCACUAGGGUUUUUCUCCCCCCUGUCCACUCCCUUUGGGCGCACUUGGAAAGGAGAUCAUAAACCCGCCAAAAGGGCCUUUAAAUACUGUGGAAGGCAUCCAAAAAAGUCCCGGGGUUUAGAGGACGUGUUCCCCGCUCCCUCUGACACUGACUUUCAAGGGCACGGCGGGGGGAAACAGCUGGCCCUAGGGGCCCCUGGUUUCCCCUUUAGGAAGGGCCCCGAACUCUAUGGGCCCCCGCCAGCGCCACCUGCAGGGCCCUCAGGGGUGCCUGCUUACCUUGCCCGUGUUCCCCCCACGCUCACGAGUCCCCCCUUCUUCAAGUGGGCCCCCAUUUUACCUCGGCCUGGGGGGGUUUGGGGCCCGAAAAAGGCUUUCAAAGCCCCGCACGCUUGUGGAGCGGUUCCCAUGGGGCCCCAGCCUUUUGCCGCGACCACUGGCUCCGACCCCGAAACUGCGAGGCCCCCGGGGGUUUUCCCGCCACAAACCCCGACAGACCCACAAGAUUUCUCUGUAGCACCUCACAAUUUUUCCCGAAAAUGUUCCCUGCCUUCAUUGGGCCCGCAUCUCGACGGAUGGUGCGCUUGCUCGUGUGCCCCCUGCGCCGGUCUUCUGCCCUUUUUUGCCAUUUCCUCCCCCAUACUGGCCAGCAUGGGCAGUGAUCCCGGGGCCCCUCUGGGGCACAAUGCAGGGGGGAAACCCCAAGUCACACUGCCCCCCGAUAAAACUUAUAAAAGGGCAAAACAAAGUUUUCCGGCCCCCAAAGGGGACCCCCCGAGUUUUUCACAGGAGGGACACCCAAAUGCGUCUCUCUUGGCUUGUUCCUCCGCUCCUCUGCUCCAGCCAGUUGCUCAAGUUUCCAGGUCCCUUCAUGUUUUUCACAUGCCCCGGUCACCUUUUUUAUGUUAA